AUGAGAACAAGUUCAAUACAAAAGAUGUUAAUAUUACUGGUUUAUUAUGGCUUCUUGUUUCUGAAUUAUGUUAAUAGAAAUGCUGUAGCUAUUGAAUGCUUAGCUUCUGAUCAAGAAGCUCUUCUAGACUUCAAAAAUGGGCUUCAGUAUUCUCACAACCGCCUCUCUUCAUGGAGAAACACCAACUGUUGUCAAUGGCAAGGAAUACGCUGUGACAACGUCACAGGUGCUGUCGUUGCAGUCGAUCUCCAUAACCCAUCUCACGUGGAAUUCUGGCUCUUUGAUUCUUCCCCCAGCAAGAAUGAAAUGUGGAACAUAAGUGGUGAGCUGAGACCAUCUUUGAUGAAGCUCAAGUCGCUAAGGCAUCUUGACUUGAGCUUCAACACGUUCAGUGGAAUACCAAUUCCUAAAUUUUUGGGAUCACUGAUGCAUUUGCAAUAUCUGAACCUGUCAAAGGCUGGCUUUGCUGGUUUAAUUCCACCUCAUCUGGGAAACCUUUCUCACCUGCAGUCUCUCGGUCUCGCUGAUUAUAGCCUGCAUGUUGAAAAUCUAGAAUGGGUGGCUGGCCUCGUAUCUUUGAAACAUUUUACAAUGGAUGGAGUCAACCUUUCAUCCGUAGCGACAACAGAUUGGGUUAGUGCAUUAAACCAGCUACCUUCUUUAAUGAAAUUGCAUCUAUCUUCUUGCCAACUUUUCGGACAAAUUCCAUCUCCUCCAUCUCUCAAUUUAACUUCACUUUCUGUCAUAGAUCUUAGUUUUAAUAAAUUUUCUUCUAUGAUUCCUGAUUGGCUAGUUAAUAUUAACACCUUACAACAUGUUGACAUAAGCAAUAAUGAUCUGCAUGGAAAAAUACCACUUGGCUUAAGAGACCUACCAAACUUGCAGUAUUUGAAUUUAGGGAACAAUGAAAAUCUCAAAGCAAGCUGUUCUCAACUCCUGAUGAAAGGAUGGGAAAGGAUACAAGUACUUGAUUUGUCGAUUAAUAAAUUACACGGGAGACUUCCUUCAUCCAUUGGAAACUUGACCUAUCUUACUUACUUGGAUCUUCAUGAUAAUGCUAUUGAGGGUGGUAUUCCUAGUUCCAUUGGUCAACUCUGCAACUUGAAUAUUAUUGAUUUAUCAAGAAACAAGAUGACAGGAACUCUACCUGAAUUUCUUCUAGGAAUACAAAAUUGUCCUUCCAGAAAACCCCUUCCUAAUCUUGUGUAUUUUAUCAUGAGCUACAAUCAACUUCAUGGUAAAAUUCCAGACUGGUUAGUUCAAUUAGAAAGUCUAGCCGGUAUAGACCUUGCACGUAACCAGCUUGAAGGUCCCAUUCCUUUUUCCUUAGGGUCAUUGCAAAAUCUUAUAACCUUGAUACUUGAAAGGAAUCAAUUAAAUGGUACUCUCCCAAAGAGCUUAGGACAACUUUCAAAGUUAUCACGCUUAGAUGUUUCUUCCAAUCAAUUGACAGGCAUGGUGAGUGAAGAUCAUUUUUCUAAGCUAAGUAAGUUGAAUUUUUUGCACAUGUCUUCCAAUUCGUUCACUAUAAAUGUCUCUGCCAAUUGGCUACCGCCAUUCCAAGUAUAUUCUCUUCGUAUGGGUUCAUGUGCUCUGGGGCCUUCAAUUCCCCCUUGGCUGAUAUCACAAACUAAUCUCCGCGAGUUAGUGUUCUACAAUGCUAGCAUCCUCGGUUUUAUUCCAAAUUGGUUUUGGAAUAUUUCAUCCGACUUAACAUUUUUAAACAUGUCUCAUAAUGAGUUACAGGGUCGGCUUCCAAAUCCAUUGCCCAGGGCAUUUUCUUCUAAUCACAUGAUUGACCUAAGCUUUAAUCUUCUUGAAGGCCCGCUUCCCGUUAUAACACCUGGAUUUUAUUUGCUAGACCUCUCACACAAUCUCUUUUCUGGUGAAAUCCCAUUGAACAUAAGUCAACACAUGCAUUAUGUGGGAUAUUUAUCUCUUUCACAUAAUCAACUCCAUGGAGAAAUACCAUUGUCUUUAGGAGAAAUGUAUCUUGUUACUGUCAUUAAUCUUUCAAACAACAACUUAACUGGAACAUAA